AUGGAUGCCAUUGCCGACCCAAACUUUCAACAUAGUACAAAAAGAUCUACGGUCCUGGAGGAAACGCCCUCUUUAUUAGCCGUCAUAAUAGAUAUUGCACCAAAAUUGUGGGCAGAAUUUGAUGAGGAAAAGGAUACAGAAGGUAGCAUCAUCAAUGUGUUACAGGCGCUACUAGUGUUCUUAAAUGCACAUUUAGCAUUCAAUACAUCAAAUCAAGUAGCAGUGAUAGCAGCGCACUCUCAGGGAAUAAAGUAUCUGUAUCCAGAGAAUAAUAUAAAUAAAAAUGAUGUGCUAAAGAGUGAUAAGGACUUGUCAAUUAUCAAUAAGGGUAUGUAUAGAAGAUUCAGAAACGUCGAUGAAGUAUUGGUAGAGGAGUUAUAUUCUCUUUUCAAAGAGGAACAGAAUGAACUUGAUAAAAUUACUCAAAAGAGUACGCUACCUGGCGCUAUAUCAGCUGGCUUAACCUACGUGAAUAGAAUAUCUAAGGAGAUGGAAACAUUAUCAUUAAAGUCUAGAUUGAUGGUGCUGACAUGCGGAAGCGGAAUGGCCAAUAAAGAAGAAAUCUUCCAGUAUAUUCCCAUUAUGAAUUGCAUCUUUUCAGCAACUAAGCUUAAGUGUCCCGUUGAUGUGGUUAAGAUAGGUGGGUCUAAGGAAAGCACUUUCCUACAGCAAACUACAGACGCUACUCAUGGUGUUUAUCUACAUGUAGAGACUACUAAGGGUCUUAUACAAUACUUGACUACGGCCAUGUUUAUCGACCCAUCUCUAAGGCAAAUUAUCGUUAAGCCAAAUCAGGGAUCAGUAGAUUUCAGAACUUCAUGUUACUUGACUGGUAAGGUCGUCGCAGUAGGGUUUAUCUGUUCCGUCUGUUUGUGUGUUUUAUCCAUUAUUCCACCAGGCAACAAAUGCCCAGCUUGUGAUUCAGAAUUCGACGAAAGGGUCAUCAAUAAACUAAAGAAAAAGACCUAUAGUUCCAAGGUUAGUUAA